AUGCCCACAACGACAGGCAACGCCUCGGAAGUCGAGAAUGACAGUCACUUGGGUAUCAUUAUAGGCGUGCAGACGGCAUUGACAGUACUUGCUGUCAUUGUCGUCUCCCUGCGUCUAUAUGUUCGGACUAGGCUGGUCAGGAGUUUUGGGAGGGAUGACUGGACGAUGGCGAUUGCUGGUGCAUGCCAUGGCCUCGGCCGUCAUAUUCAAUUCAUCGACUCGAUGGAUCAGAUGAGAAUGAACCAAGCAGCGUUCUGGCAAGUCAUCAUCUGCUCAGCGACGGGGAUGGCUUUUCUUAAGACAUCCAUUGCCUUGAAUCUUCUGCGGUUCAGUCCGGCGAGAUGGUAUGCGGUGUGUCUAUGGGCGAGUAUAGGAUUUGUCGUUGCCUACAAUUUCAUGGCCGCGAUGACUUUUUUUCUGCACUGCAAGCCUAUGCAGGCGCAUUGGGAUACCCGAAUCAAAGAUGCCAAGUGCUAUCCAGUGAAUCUGUUUGUCGAUUUCGCUCUAAUCAACACAUCGUUCAACAUCUUCACGGACGUCCUCUUUGCGACGGUCCCAAUCCCGAUUGUGUGGAACCUACAAAUGAAGCGGCGUGUCCGCUUCUACCUCAUCGGCGUCUUCAGUCUCGGUUAUAUUGCGGUGGGCAUGGGCGUUGUGAAGGCGGUCUAUCAGAUCGCAUAUGCUACAGACCUUGAUUCAUUCUUCAAUGAUUCUAUAAUGUUCUGGGCACUUGUUCAGUUCAACAUCGGAAUCCUCGCCGCCUGCGUCCCGUCCCUAAAGCCCCUCGUCAGCAAGGCCCUUAAACUGUCCGAAUACACAAACUCCCGUUCCCGCUCGCGGGGCGUCUACGGAAGCAGUGCGGGAGGUGCGUUCGCAACCAGCAGAAACAGCCGGCGCGUCUGGUCCAUGCAAAGGAGGGACCAAUACGCCCUGGAAGAGCUGCAGAGCAGCGAUGCGUCGGGGCACAGGGAUUCCGACGACGUUCAAUUAACCGGAGCCUCGCGUGGGCCUGGGCCGAGCUAUACAACGCAGGUAGAUGCGGGUGCGGUGUCCGAGGAGGAUGGGAGACACUCGCCAGGACGCCAUGUCGAGAAUGGGAUUUUGAAAACGACACAAUGUACGGUCGUGAGUAUGCGAGCGGCUGACUAG